AUGCCCAUCCUCUCCAUCAAGCAGGUUCAGAGAGGCGCCAACCCUGGCAAGGAGGCAAUGCAUCCCGUGAAUGAGACCCUAGCCGACGUCGCCAUCGAAAAUAUUAUAUUUGAGAUGACCAGGCAGGGGCCAGUCCUCUCACUGCCUGAUGAAGUACUGGACUUGAUCCUAGUUGACCUGCCCAGCGAAGACCUCGCAAGUCUCCGUCUGGUCGCCCGACGAUUCGUUCCCACGACCACGGCCCUCCUCUUCGCGACUAUUUAUAUCUCGAGCCUGCACCGCGACCGUGACAACUUUCUCAGAAUCGCUGCCACAACACAUCUGGCCGCUGUCGUUCGCCAUGUGGUCUGGUACGAGCUCGCCCAAGGGCCAGCGAAUACAGCCCUCUACUCCGCAGUACCCAAACCGCCCGAGCACGCAUGCCUGUCUUGCGAAUUGCCCUAUAACGGCUCCACCGGAAUCAUGCGCUGCCACUACGCGUUCAGAUAUGAAGCCAACUUUUUAGGACGAGUUUUUCGCGAAUCGAGGGAUCUCUUCUGGUGGAACGUGCCUUACCCGCGGUACCCCAGCCAUGCUCUCUGCAGCACGUUGAACGAAUUCAACAACGCCAAGGUCGAAUUCUUCCCCCUCUUCCUGGAGUCGCUGAGUUCGAUGCCAAAGCUCGUUGGUAUGGCCUCUAAGCCCAUGCCAUUCCAUCGCGACAUGAGACUGCGUGGGUCCAACAUGUAUCCUUACACCCCGCAACUGUUUCAUGGAAGCCAACGGCCAAGAACGUGGGAUUGGAACCUCGGGCUCAAAUUCUUUCUGCUCCCGGCCAUGGCGCACUUUUCGAGCCUGCCGACCAGCCCGAUCGUCGUCCGCAGACUGCACAUUGCCGACGAGACCAUUGACACGGUCUGGCCCUUGCUGGGCGAGGAGCUGAGGCUUUCACCCAAGAGUCUCAAGACCCUGACCCACCUGGAGCUGCGUUUGUCGGCGUGUGCGGAAACCCGCGACGAGUUCGGCUACAAUGCCAUGCUCCAACUUUUGGCCACGGCGGCCAGUCUGACGCACUUGACGGUUAGUUUUGAGCGCAGCGCGAGCAGCUGUUGGGACCUGGACUCGUUCCCGCACUUUCCCAGCCUGGUGUCCGUUGACUUUACCGGUGCCGUUGAGGAGGCGGAAGACAUUGUGGCCUUUGUGCGCAAGCACGCCAGGACGCUGCGGCGCGUGCGUCUCGAGGGGUGUUUCCUCGCCCCUGAGGCUCUCCGGGAUUUGGCAGCCAUCCCGCAUCUGCGCCUCGAUCGAUUUGUCGUACUGCCCUACAAGGGAGACGUUGAGAUGAGAUGA